AUAUGAGAUUCUAUACCGGAAUGACCAGCCACGGAGGCUUCGCUCCACCUCCUCCUCACCCCGGCUACCAGAACACGGCGACUCUGGAGCAACAUAUCACAUCGCAUGCCAACUCGCUACACCAUCAUGUGGACAAUGCACUGAGAAAACUUGGCCACAACACGGAGAACAACAUCAACUGGUCCACGGACCAGGUGAUCCGCCAGGUAGAGUCGAUGACCGAUAUUGCCAGGAUGCUGAACACGCGCACCGUUAAUCAGGCCGAGCUUAUCAGAGAGUUGCAUCAGUCUAUUGAGUAUUUGCAGAAAGCUUUCACGCAGAGAUGGCACAAGUCAGGGCAGAGAUCAGAAAUCUAGCCAUCAGCAGGGCCCCCCACAACACAGCCGAGAAAGCAAUCUCCUCGCACGGCGAGUCGCAGGGGGCAAGUCAGUAUGUAUCCAAG